AUGAGCACCCGCAGUGGCCGUACGAUCGCCAAGGUCCAGCGCUUCGACCCGACGUCGACGGGAUCGCCGAGCGCGUCCGCGUCCGAGUCGGAGGAAGAGUCCCCGAAGAAGCCGAAGAAGGCCGCUGCCAAGAAGGCCAAGGUCCCCGCGUCCAAGGCCGCCAAGGGCAUGAAGCGCAAGGCUGGCAAGGAGAACGAGGAUGGCACGCCCAAGGAGAAGCGCCCGCAGACCGCGUACUUCCUCUUCAUGGCUGAGGAGCGCCCGGCCCUCAAGGUCGAGCACCCCGACUUCAACAUCAAGGAAGUUGCCGUCGAGCUCGGCGCCCGAUGGAAGAAGCUCUCGGCGGCCAAGAAGGAGAAAUUCCAAGCCGAGGCCAAGAAGCUCAGCGACGCAUACAAGGCCAAGAAGGGCGAGACCGUCGAGAAGGUCAAGAAGGCCAAGAAGUAA